CGUCCUGGCUCCGCCCCGUCCUGGCUCCGCCCCGCGGAAGGGCCGCGGCCCCACAUCCGUGUCCGGGGGCGCGCAUGGGCGGAGCCAGCUCGGGCCGUCGUGCCGGGGAUUUCCCAUCGCGCUCCUGCGGCCCGCCGUGUGCCAUGACAACCAUCGGCGAUCUCCCCGAGGACGUGCUGGUGGAGCUGCUGUCGCUGCUGCCCGCCCGGGACCUGCUCUGCACCUGCCGCCUGGUGUGCUCGCAGUGGCGCUACGUGGUGGACCUGACCACCCUGUGGAAGCGCAAGUGCCAGCGCGAUGGGUUUUAUCGCCAGAGCUUGGACAGAAGCAUCUCCGACUGGAGGAUCUUCUAUAUGCUCUGCCACUUGAAGAGAAACUUAAUCAAAAACCCGUGCGCUGAAGAGAACUUCCAGCACUGGACACUUGAUGCUAAUGAAGGAGAUAAGUGGAAAAUUGAGGAUCUGCCUGGAGCUCAUGGAAAUGUUUUGUUAGACCCCAAAGUACACAAAUACUUUGUCAGUUCAUAUGGGCCAUGCUUCAAGUCUCAACUCAUUACCCUGAAGAAAGAAGGCUACUGGAAUCAGCUGAUGGAUGAGAAACGGCCUGAAAUUACAGUCAAGGACUGGUACGCUGCCAGGGCUGACUGCGGGUGCCGCUACGAGCUCAGGGUGAAGCUGCUCUCCAAAGAUUACAUCGUCCUGGAGGAGUUCCACCCUCAACCAGUGGUGAUUGAGCAGUGGAAUGAUGCCAAGUGGAGAGAGAUUUCUCACACCUUCCAGAAUUACCCAGCAGGGGUUCGUCACAUCUGGUUUCAGCAUGGAGGCCACGACACCCAGUACUGGGCAGGAUGGUAUGGGAUCCGUGUCACCAACAGCAGCAUCACCAUCGGGCCCCACACCUCCUUGUGAGGCAGUGCAAGGGUUUGCUUUACCUCAGGACUGGAACCAAACAGCUUCAGGUGCACUAUUUGCCUGUACUCUCUGCGUGUGUCCUAGCUUUGUUUGCAGCUCUUGUUCACAGCAGAACUUCUGCAGGCCCAGCCCUUU